AUGGCCACCAGCAAGAACGCUUCCUAUGACUAUCUGAUCAAGCUACUGCUCAUUGGAGACUCUGGCGUUGGAAAGAGCUGCUUGCUUCUUCGAUUCUCUGACGAUUCAUUUACGCCAUCGUUUAUUACAACCAUUGGUAUUGACUUUAAGAUUAGGACAAUCGAACUGGAUGGCAAGCGUAUCAAACUUCAAAUCUGGGAUACAGCUGGCCAAGAACGAUUCCGCACGAUUACAACUGCGUAUUAUCGUGGUGCCAUGGGUAUUUUACUCACUUACGAUGUGACUGAUGAGCGCUCAUUCAACAACAUUCGCAACUGGAUUCGUAAUAUUGAACAGCAUGCCAGCGAGGGUGUCAACAAGAUCCUGAUUGGAAACAAGUGUGAUAUUCUUGACAAAAAGGUGAUUUCCAAAGAACAGGGUCAAGCUCUGGCUGAUGAACACGGCAUCAAGUUUUUAGAAACCAGUGCCAAGUCUAAUAUUGGUGUUGAAGAAGCAUUUUACAUGCUAGCAAGAGAUAUUAAAAAAAGGCUAAUCGACACAGCUCAAGAAAAGACUGAUUUGAAAACGGCUGGAAAUGUCAAUGUCAAUCAAAAGGGAAAUGCCGCUACUGCUGGAUGCUGUGGUUAAGUCGUUUUAGUUGAACGACUACUUGAUUCAUACCGUUGCACUAUUCUUUGUUUACGCAAGACAGUUGAGAUUCCAAAUGUGUGACUUUUGGUCCAUCUGUCCAUUUAUAUCUCGGCUUCAGAUUGCUUUAUCUUUUUUAGUUGAGGCUUUUCUAUUUUUCUUUUGCUUUCCUAUUUCACCCCUUAUUCUCUUAGCUCUGUUUGCUAGAUUCAAGAGAUCUAUUUGUUUGGAUAUUUCUUUCCACCUCUCCCAAUAAAUACGUUUUUGCCAUG